AGUCCAUGGACACGGAGUGUAAACAAUAUGGCGCCUACUUGAAACAACUUCGCUAUCUUCGACGAACUAAAAUGCCACUAUUCGUUUGAAGUGCCCAAAGUAGCUUUCAAAUUACACUAUGGCUCUAGUGAAAAGCAACAAGAAAGAAAAGCAAUACAAUUGGAAUGUCAGGGAAUCGACAAAUGUCAGAAAUAAACUGCCCAAGAUAGAAAAGACACCAACAAUUGACUAUGAUCAACUGAAAUGGCUCAGCAAUAUCAACGGAUUGAAAUCAAGAGAUGGCAAAGGAUCUACACAGGAAGCCCAUGCGAUUUUUAUGCAAAACUACAGGAAGAUCUUUGUGCCUAAACCAGCAAAGAUAGGAUUUCCAGUACAUACAGAGAAAAGAGUUGUUGGUGCACACACAGGUUCUGAUGCAAGUUUUAGCCAUCAAGCCACAAGCACAAGUGACCCCAUUCAAAAGCCAGCCAGAAAAGUGUACACAGUGGAUGAGUUUACCUACAACAUCAAGGACUACCUCCCACUUUUGCAUAAGGAAAGGAAAAGUGAAGACCCGAAAGCAAUUCGAACGGAAAACAUCAAAACUCUCAGACGGCUGCUGAAGAAAUACCCAUUUGAGAGAACAGCUGGAGAAAAUGACAAGAUAUACAUGAUUCUGCAAUCUUUUGACUUCUUUCGAGAAAAUGUGGAGUCUUCCGUCCUUAAGGAGUUGUGUGUUGUUGCCCAGCUUGAAGUCUGGAAAGAUGUUGACUUUGCUGUGUAUGGAAAGACAGGAAUACAUAUGAUCCUGAAAGGAGGUGUGAUCCCAUUAUAUGAACCAUACCUGUUCUCUGGCAAGGAUGACUUAUACCCUCAGGCAUUUCUACCUUUGGAGGGUCUGGAAGACUAUGAUGACUAUGUGCCUAAACUGUCAGUGGGAGAUUGUUUUGGAACCUGGCUCCAGUAUGAUGAACCAUACACAAAGGAGUUGAGUGUCGUGACCACAGAGCCAAAUUGUGAAUUUCUCAAAAUCUCUGUCAAUGACUACAAGAGGGUGAUCACACAAAUCAAACAAAGAGAACACACAGAAAAGCUCAACUUGCUUUUGUCUUGUGAGCAGUACAGAAUGUGGCCAAAGCAGCCUCUCAUCACUGUGGCUGACUCCAUUGAAUGGAUCUCCUAUCCCCCAAACACAGUGUUGGUCAGCGAGGGAUACAAGUCACCAUUUGUUGGCUUCAUCCGUUCUGGAGAGUGCCAUGUUCUAAGACAAGUUGAUGUGCUGAACACUCUCAAAAAUGGGAAAAAGGAACAAAAGACCAAGCAGGUUGUGAUGGGGCGACUUGGCCCAUACGAUUCUUUUGCUGAGAUUAGUCUCCUACUGGAUGAACCAAUCACCUGUUCCAUUGUGACAGCCUCAGAUGUGGAGCUGGGGGUGGUGAGGCCUGAGAAACUAGCAGCCCUGGAUGAGGUGACACGACAGCUCUUCAGACAGUCCAACACAAGGACUUUUGGUGACCUCACAAAGGAGGACAUUCAGAGUGAGUACCUGCAGCAAGAGCUAAAACGUGAGUGGAAUGAAUUCAAGCAUUCUCAAGUUCUGGAAGUCAUCAAUGCAUAUGGCGUCAGGCCAGGCUAUGGGAAAUGGGCAAAAUAGUGUUACUCUUAUUACUUAUGGGUUUUUUUACUCCUUAUUGAAUUAGAUUGAUUAUGACAACCUUUACAUUUUUUAUCAAGGAAAGUUUAUUUUGACCAUGUUUUCAUGAGUGUGUUUGUACGUAUUGUGCAACUUUUUUUUUCUUGAGUGAAAGUUAGACGUAAGUACAGACUUGCAAAAGUGAGAGAGAGAAAGAUGAGGGGAGACAGUGUGUGUGUGUGUGUGUGUGUGUGUGUUGGGGUGUGUGUGUGUGUGUGUGUGUGUGUGUGUGUGUGUGUGUGUGUAUGUGUGUGUGAGAGAGAGAGAGAGAGAGAGAGAGAGAGAGGAAAGAGAUGAUGUUAAUGAGAUCAAGAUGUAUGCGAAUAAACACUGGAGAGAGAGAGAGAGAGAGAAAGAGAGAGAGAGAGAGAGAGAGAGAGUGAGAGAGAGAGGGGAGAACAGUGACAAUAAGUUUAUUCCUUGAGAGAAAUGCAUUAGCGUGAUUUUCUGUUGUGCUGAAUUUAUUUCAUAUGCAUACUCUGUGAUGUAAGAAUGCUACCAUUCGUUCAAAAACAGAGGCUGCAUGCAAGAAAAAAAUAAAAAUUUGUCAUGCUCCACAAGAGCAGUAGAAAACUCUCCAACAA